UCAGGGCUUCAUACAGGAAAUCUAUUGCUGUGUCAAGUUCCAGAGAAAAGCUUCUGUUCGUCCAAGUUACUAAUCAGGCUAAACCACAUAGACGUGAAGGAAGGGGCUAGAAGGAAGGGAGUGCCCCAUUGUUGAUGGGGUAAGAGGAUCCUGUACUGAGAAGUUGACCAGAGAGGGUCUCACCAUGCGCACAGUUCCUUCUGUACCUGUGUGGAGGAAAAGUACUGAGUGAAGGGCAGAAAAAAAGAAAACAGAAAUGCUCUGCCCUUGGAGAACUGCUAACCUAGGGCUACUGUUGAUUUUGACUGUCUUCUUAGUGGCUGAAGCGGAGGGUGCUGUUCAACCAAACAACUCAUUAAUGCUGCAAACUAGCAAGGAGAAUCAUGCUUUAGCUUCAAACAGUUUAUGUAUGGAUGAAAAACAGAUUACACAGAACUACUCAAAAGUACUCGCAGAAGUUAACACUUCAUGGCCUGUACAGAUGGCUACAAAUGCUGUGCUUUGUUGCCCUCCUAUCGCAUUCGGAGAUUUGAUCAUAAUAACAUGGGAAAUAAUCCUGAGAGGCCAGCCUUCCUGCACAAAAGCCUACAGGAAAGAAACAAAUGAGACCAAGGAAACCAACUGUACUGAUGAGAGAAUAACCUGGGUCUCCAGACCUGAUCAGAAUUCAGACCUUCAGAUUCGUCCAGUGGCCAUCACUCAUGAUGGGUAUUACAGAUGCAUAAUGGUAACACCUGAUGGGAAUUUCCAUCGUGGAUAUCACCUCCAAGUGUUAGUUACACCUGAAGUGACCCUGUUUCAAAACAGGAAUAGAACUGCAGUAUGCAAGGCAGUUGCAGGGAAGCCAGCUGCGCAGAUCUCCUGGAUCCCAGAGGGCGAUUGUGCCACUAAGCAAGAACACUGGAGCAAUGGCACAGUGACUGUUAAGAGUACAUGCCACUGGGAGGUCCACAAUGUGUCUACCGUGACCUGCCAUGUCUCCCAUUUGACUGGCAACAAGAGUCUGUACGUAGAGCUACUUCCUGUUCCAGGUGCCAAAAAAUCAGCAAAAUUAUAUAUUCCUUAUAUCAUCCUUACUAUUAUUAUUUUGACCAUCGUGGGAUUCAUUUGGUUAUUGAAAGUCAAUGGCUGCAGAAAAUAUAAAUUGAAUAAAACAGAAUCUACUCCAGUUGCUGAGGAGGAUGAAAUGCAGCCCUAUGCCAGCUACACAGAGAAGAACAAUCCUCUCUAUGAUACUACAAACAAGGUGAAGGCGUCUCAGGCAUUACAGAGUGAAGUUGGCACAGACCUCCAUACUUUAUAAGUUGUUGGACUCUAGUACCAAGAAAACAACAAACGAGAUACAUUAUAAUUACUGUCUGAUUUUUUUACAGUUCUAAAAUGAUGACAUAUUGAAAUUAGGUUUUCCAAGGUUCAUAGAAGACAUUUUAAUGAAUUCUCAUUCAUACCCUUGUAUAAUUGGAAUUUUUGAUUCUUAGCUACUACCAGCUAGUUCUCUGAAGAACUGAUGUUAUCACAAAGAAAAUACAUGCUCAUGACCAAAUAUUCAAAUUGUGCAGGACAGUAAAUAAUGAAAACCAAGUUUCCUCAAGAAAUAACUGAAGAAGGAGCAAUUGUGAACAGUUUCUUGUGUAUCCUUUCAGGAUAUUUUAAUGUACAUAUGACAUGUCUAUAUGCCUAUGGUAUAUGUGUCAAUUUAUAUGUCCAUUUACAUAUACAUACACAUAUCUUUGUCAUGGCACCAGUGGGAACAAUACACUGCAUUACUGUUCUAUACAUAUGAAAACCUAAUAAUAUAAGUCUUAGAGAUCAUUUUAUAUCAUGACAAGUAGAGCUACCUCAUUCUUUUUAAUGGCUAUAUAAAAUUCUAUUGUAUAGUUAUAUCAUUAUUUAAUUAAAAACAACCCUAAUGAUGGAUAUUUAGAUUUUUUUAAGUUUUGUUUCUUUAAGUUUUGUUCGUGAUAUAAACAAUACCACAUAGAAUGUUUCUUGUGCAUAUAUCUCUUUGUUUUUGUUUGAAUAUAUCUGUAGGAUAACUUUCUUGAGUGGAAUUGUCAGGUCAAAGGGUUUGUGCAUUUUACUAUUGAUAUAUAUGUUAAAUUGUGUCAAAUACAUAUGUCAAAUUCCCUCCAACAUUGUUUAAAUGUGUCUUUCCCUAAAUUUCUAUUUUAGUAACUGUAUGAUUCCUGCUUCUACAGUUGCCACUUUCUCUUUUUAAUCAACCAGAUUAAAUAUGAUGCGAGAUCAUAAUAAGAAUUAUACUAUUUAAUAAAAAUGGA